AUGGACAAGGGGAUCAUCGUGCCCCUUCUCGGUGCCCUCCAAGCAUGCGUCUCAGUAUUGCUCACAAUGGCCUACGGGGCCGCGGCGCAACGACUCCGCUUGAUCCAGAAAUCCUCCAUUGAUGAUAUCGCCGGAUUAGGCAUGAAAUUGCUUCUUCCGGCCCUGAUUGUCGUGCAUCUGGGUGAGCAGUUGGAGUUGGGGAAUUUGGCCAAUUAUGGUCCUGUUGUUGCAUGGUCAAUAAUCUACACCACCAUCUCAAUCGGUCUCGCGUACGUGAUCUCCAAGAUCCUGAAACUCCCAGCGUGGGUGACUCCCGCGUGCGCAUUCAACAACACGACCUCGCUCCCACUGCUUCUGCUCCAGAGCCUCGAGAGCGUGGGCAGUUUGAAGCUGAUCAUCGAGGAUGGAGAUACCGAGUCUGAUGCGAUUGCGCGCGCGCAAAGCUAUUUCCUGCUCUGUGCUGUGAUUAGCAAAACGAUUGGGUAUGCGGUUGGGCCGAAGAUGUUGAGGGAGGGGGAUGAGCAGGAUGAAGGGGAAGGGGAAGGUGAUGAUGAUGCCGAGGAAGAGGGACGGUCCCGCGUAGAAGGGUACCACUACCCCUACCCCGGUGAAGGGGUUGAUGAGGAGACGUCUUUGCUGGCUAGGUAUGGGCCGUUGAAGCGUGAACGAGGGUUGGGGUCGAGGCUGAAGGACUGGAUGUCUAGAGCCUCAGUGUCGCUGCGUCGCGUAGGACAGGAGAUUCUGACGCCGUUCAAAUCGCCGUUCACGGAUGUGGCGAUCGGGUGUACGCUGUUAGGCGCAGUGUUAGGUCUCGUGCCGCAAUUGCAUAAGGCGUUCUUUGCGUCGUAUGAGGACGGAGGAAUCUUCAAUGCGUGGCUGACGUCUAGCGUGAAGAAUGUCGGGAAGCUGUUCACAACCCUGCAGAUAUUUGUGGUGGGGGGUAAGCUCGGCAUCAGCUUUGAGCAGAUGCGAGGCCGUGGAGGAGCUGCUUCGGGCCGAACGCCGUUCAAGGCCGUCGCGACGAUUUUUGUCGUGCGGUUGGUUUUGUGGCCGGCAUUGAGUAUCUCACUGAUUUACCUCCUUGCGAGACGCACGGAUCUAUUUGGAACAGAUCCCAUCCUCUGGUUCAGUCUGAUGCUGAUGCCGGCCGGACCGCCGGCGCUGGUCAUUUCGGGGCUGGCGGAGUUGGCUAAGGUAUCGCAGGCGGAGAAGAUGGCCGUUGCGAAGACGUUGAUGAUUCUGUACGCGCUGUCGCCGUUCAUCUGUUUCAGCAUUACGGGAGCUCUCAAGGCGUCGCAGGCCGUGCUGGAGUAUAAGAGCGCCAUGUGA